AUGAAGACCAGUUCUCCCAAAGAGCUACCCCCUCCUUAUGAGCCACCUAAAUUCGGGUUCCUCUCCUACUUGCCGACCUCUUGGGUACCCUAUGCCCAAUUGAUGCGCUUGGAUAAACCCGGUGGUUACUAUGCCUUCGUCUUCCCGUACUGGAUUGGCCUUGGAUACGGGGCCAGCAUUGCCCUUCACCCGCCAACUGUAUGGUUUCUCCUCAGCAGAGCAUGGCUGCUCUCUGCGGCUUGCAUUUUCCUGCGUGGCGCGGCCUGCACUUGGAACGACAAUAUAGACCAAGACUUGGAUCGACUUGUAGCGCGCUGUCGGAAUAGACCCAUUGCGCGGGGUGCCGUCUCUACCACCGCCGGGCAUGUCUUUACUGCGACCCAGACUGCAGUGGGUAGCGCAGCUUUCUUCCUUUUGCCGCGUAUCUGCAUUCUUGAUGCUAUCCCAAUCACUGCCUUAUUUGCACUCUAUCCGUUUGGAAAGCGCUUCACCAAUUAUCCACAGGCAAUCUUGGGUUUUCCUUUUGCCUUUGGCAUUGUAUUGGCCUGCCAUAGCAUACAUGUCAAUCCCUUCGCCCUGGAGCCGAAGGGACUUCUGUGGUCAACAAUCGCCCUGGUUUUUGCUAAUGUCUUUUGGACCAUGGUAUACGAUACGAUCUAUGCUCAUCAGGAUAGAGAGGAUGAUGAAAAGGCUGGUGUCAAGAGCAUGGCGGUCCGCUUUAAAGAGAGCACCAAGUUGCUUUGUUCAGGUCUGAGUAUAAUUAUCGUCGCGCUGUUGGCAACAGUGGGAUUUCUGGCGAAGCUGGGAUGGAUUUAUUAUGUUGUGGGAGUUGGUGGGGUCAUGGUCAGUCUAGGUACGAUGAUCUCUGCAGUGAAUCUGACCGUGCCGGCGAGCUGUAUGUGGUGGUUUAAAUGGGGCUUCUGGUAUGUCGGAGGAAUGCUUUUGGGAGGGCUUUUGUUGCAAUGGAGUAGUCGCAUCUGA